AAUGCUCUAUAGAUACGAAAUUAUUAUUGACCACACGCAUUAUUUCCCCUUUAUGUAAAGCCCAGGGGCAAUUCAACCCUACUGACCCCUUGGUUGGGAAAAAAAAAGUCGCACCGAUAAUUUGCAAUGUUAUUUCAUUUCGAUGGGUUCCCCAGAAUUCAGCCUAAAGUGGGAAUAUAAAGUACUAAAGCCAGUAUUCAAUGAGCUGAAUAAAUAGGGAAAGAAGCAAAUUAGAGACAUUGCCUUUCCCUUCCUGCCCCGACAUUCUGCAUGUAUCUCUCUGUAUUCCAAGUAAUAUGAAAGAACUAUAUAAAUGAUGCACCGCUAUAGGCAUUGGUACGGGCGCAAAUAUUCCUAUAGAAAUCGAUAUGUAGAAUCAUGUUUAUCACUCGCCUUGGGGAAUAUUCCAUUACUCCUACAGGGGCCGAUGCCAACUCUUGGGCACAGUUCGCUUCAUAUUUGUGACCAGAAUAAUCCAAUAUUUGUCCCAGAAUCGAACAGAUUUGGUUUCGAUGCAUUUAUUGACUUUGCGCUCUAUGUAGGGAAAAGAAAGGGUUAUUAACUGGCUGGGGAUUUUGGGAGGCGUAGUUCAAUAACUAAAUGCAUAGGAUAGCCAUUGGUAUGAGGACUGGAGUAUGUUGCCUUAUUCUCACCCGACUGUCUCCCCUCCCUCUCUCCCACCCUAGGAGCCAGCAUGGAGGGGAUCAGCACCGAGAGAGACCCCAGCUCACCUCCCACCUCCAAGCAGCACCAGAGCCCCCAGGAGAACCAGACUUUCACCGGCUCCCUGAAGCCCAACCAGGUGGGGGAGACGUGCCUGUAUGGGGUGCCCAUAGUGUCCCUGGUGAUAGACGGGCAGGAGCGCCUGUGCCUGGCCCAGAUCUCUAACACCCUGCUGAAGAGCUACAGCUACAAUGAGAUCCACAACCGGCGGGUAGCGCUGGGCAUCACUUGCGUGCAAUGUACCCCCGUGCAGCUGGAGAUCCUGCGCAGAGCCGGGGCCAUGCCUAUCUCUUCCCGCCGCUGCGGAAUGAUCACCAAACGGGAGGCCGAGCGGCUCUGCAAGUCUUUCCUGGGGGAGCACCGGCCGCCGAAACUGCCGGAAAACUUCGCUUUCGAUGUGGCCCAUGAGUGCGCCUGGGGCUGCCGGGGAAGCUUCAUCCCCGCCCGCUACAACAGCUCCCGGGCCAAGUGCAUCAAGUGCGCCUACUGCGGCCUCUACUUCUCCCCCAACAAGUUCAUCUUCCACUCGCACCGCACCCCCGACUCCAAGUACACGCAGCCCGACGCCGCCAACUUCAACAGCUGGAGGCGGCACCUCCGACUCAACGACACGACCCCGUCUGACGAUCUGUCCCACUCAUGGGAGGACGUGAAAGCCAUGUUCAAUGGGGGAACCCGCAAGAGAGCCUUCCCUUCCCCUGCCUCCUCAUCCUCCAGCUCUUCCUCCGCCCGGCGGCACCUGGAACUCGCCCCGCCGCCCCCUCCUCCUCCGGCCAAGGCACUGCGCGGCCCUUCCGCGGAGGAGGAGUCGGGGGCAACUGCGGCUAGAAGCUUCCCACUCAUCCCGGUGCCCAGUAAGGGCUUCUCUGGGGUGUUACACAAAAUGGGCCCGCCGCUCUUCCCGCCUCCCCCCUAUGGCUUCCCGGCCUUUGGCCUGUGCGCCAAAAAAGAUGACGGGGGGCUCGGGGAUGCGGGAAAAGCUGCGGGGCUGCCCGGGGUCUUCUGGCCCACGGCUCCGGCCUCUAAGGACUCAGUGUACCCCCCCUUCCCGGUAUUCUGGCCGGCAGCUGCCGGGGCCCUCCCGGUUCCCCCAUACACAGGCCUGACACAACAGCAGCAGGUCCCGGGCAAGUCGGCGGUGGUGGGGGAACCGGAGGAGGCCGAGCCCAGCGGGGAGACUGCCGAGGAGCCGACCCGGGAGGAGGAGAGGUCGGGGGAUGAGGGGCGGCAGCCGGGGGAACCGCUCACCCCAAGGAAGCUGCGCUACAUCUCCGCAUUCAGACCGGUAGUAAAGGCCGCGGAGAGCCUGGCCAAGCUGUACGGUAGCCGGGAGCUGUAUGGGGCAGCCAGAGCCGCAGGGUACAGCUCCCCGGACCUGCUCAGUGACACCUCCAGCUACCGCUCGGCCUCCCCCAGCCCAGACACGGCCGACGAGCCGGAGGUAGACGUGGAGUCCGGACGCUUCCCCGAGGAGGAGAGCGCUCAGCUCGGAAGUUUGGGCCCCGGGGCCUCCUCCAGCAUCUCUUCCCCAGGGUCGGAACGGAGGGAACCAAGUCCGGGGGGAAGCCCAGCCAGUGUGGCCGGGUACGAGGUCUAUGCAAAGCAGAUGACAGACCUUCCUCAUCUCAUGAAGGGUAACAGCUCACACCAAGGCGUCUCCUCUUCUUAUCUGUGCAACCUGGAUCCAAAUGAGCAAGACUCAGAGGACAGUCAUUCAACUGCUGAGGAAUUGGACAGCAGGAAAGCAUUCCAAGACCCAAGGAGUCAUUUAUCCCACACAAGCCCCUUACACACUGACAGAGGAGAGGAAGACAGUCCGAUCGAUGUCACUGGGACCCAGUUUGUAGAGAAAGACAUCGAGAACAUGGCAAAAGAUGAGCUGCAGAAGCUGUUAGUGGAGCAGAUGGAUUUAAGGAAAAAGCUGGAACGGGAAUUUCAGAGUCUGAAAGAUAAUUUCCAGGACCAGAUGAAGAGGGAGCUGGCCUACAGAGAGGAAAUGGUGCAACAACUGCAGAUAGUCAGAGACACUCUGUGUAAUGAACUGGAUCAGGAGAGGAAAGCACGCUACGCCAUCCAGCAGAAAUUAAAAGAUGCUGACACUAAGACCCUGCACAGGGAGCUGUUCCUCCAGAGCUCAACUCCUACCCCCUUGAGCUACAUCUGGGCACCUCGGAAGCUCAUGUACCCUCCAGCACCAUGAAGGGGAGAUAUGCAGGAGCGCAGCACAAACCAAGCCAUUUCCUGGAUCUUUGGGAACAAGAGUGCACGCAGGACCGGCCGGGGAAGAGACCCCCAUGACCUUCAGAGAACUUGUAGAUUUUGUACAGGAUGCAUCAGGAGCCCUGAGCACUAAGGAAUCUGAGCCAAGAGUGAUCCAGAGAUGAGAUCAGCCCUGUAUUAUAUGGCAUUGUGAAUAACUGACACAUAAUAUAUAUAUAAUAUAAAUAUAUACAUAUAUAUAUAUAUUUAAAGACAAUUCUUGCAAAAAGUCCAAUGUAUUGUUUUACUAUUUAAUUCUUCUGUAUGUCUCCACAUAAGCCCAUCGGUAGCAGAGACUGUUUCCCCUCUGUUACUGGCUGCAUAGUAACUGGGGCUAAUGGUGGCAGAGUGGCUACGUGCAAUGGGUAUCAAUGUACUGUGAUUCUUAUUAAAACAGUAUUUUUUUAAGUUAUUUGAAUUAUUUUCUAUAUUUGUUUGGUUUUAUCAUAUUUUGUAUUUUGGACAAUGUAACAGCACUUUAAGGAGAAAUCCGCCAACUUGUGUAACAAAACAAAAACUCAGUUUGUCCUGAGGAACAAAAAAAAAAAUCUGUAUAAGUGAAAUUUGUUCUUAAAUAAAUGAACCUUGCUGCA